UAUCAUUUGGUAAAGAAAAGUCAAAAAUCAGUGUGUUGGCUCGGUUUAGGCAAAUGUACAUAAAAAAACAAUUAAAUAAAACAAUGAGAACAAAAUUAUACAUUUAGCAAUGAAUUAGUAAAAUAUAUUUAUCAAGCUUCACUACAAGGAAACGUAAAAAGCUGUGCUUUGAAUUAGAUCGAAUCGUGCAGUCAUGAAUCUAGAAUAGAAUUUACAAUUAUUUUGUAUGGAAUACUUAAAGAUGGAAGUGAGGGAGGCAGGCGAUGGGGCUGCGGCAGGGGAAUAUGAUCGGGAACCGCCGAAAAAAUACAGUUGGGCGGAAGUGAGACAAGCAGUUCACGAUUUGAGGAAAGAACUAUCUUCAUUGUCCACUAUGAUGCCAAUGGCUAUAUCUUUUAGAAAAUUAAGUAACGGCAAGACGAGGGUGUAUUUCUUGAGGACUCCGCAGAACGGAUGGGAGAUAACGCUGUUAUACACUGAUAUAAUACCAACCUUGCAACCCAGUAAUGCUAGGUUAGACUGGAAGCCGCUAAUCGAAUCGAACGUAGCGCUAGACGUGUCGUCCGGCAAGUGGUCGCGCGAGGAGCAGCUGCUGUGGGAGCGGCAGCGCGUCGCCGCGUGGGGCAUAGCCUCGUACGAGCUGCAUCAGUCGGGCAGGGUGCUGUUCCCGUGCGCCUCGUCGUUGUUCGUGGCCGAUGAGAGCGGUGGCCAGUCGCCCCCGCUAGUCCCCCGCUCGCUGGCCACCGGGGGCGGGGCGCCCCUCACCCCCGCGAUGUGCCCCUCCGCCCCGCAGCUCGUCGCGCACGCGGCCCGCGGGGACAUCUGGCUGGCGGGGGACUGCCUGCGGCGGCCGGCUAGGUUGACGUACGCGUGCAGGGGGCGGGAUGAACGGUUAGCCGACGACCCCCUCCAGGCUGGCGUGCCGUGCUACGUCACCCAGGAGGAGUUCUCGAGGUACACGGGCUUCUGGUGGCAACCGAAAUGUGAUGAUGAUGUGUUUCGGAUAGUCUAUGAGGAAGUUGAUGAGAGCGAGGUGAAGAUAUUCAGUUUUCCAUCGUCGAACAGCAGCAGCGGGGAGGUCGAGGAGUUCAGAUUCCCGCGCGCCGGCACGCCGAACGCUAAAUCCGUGCUGAAGUUGGUGACGUUCAAACUGCAGAAAGCGUCGCCCACCACCGUGCUCGACUACUACAACGAGGGCAACUCGGAGACAACGUUGCGUGAGUUGACAUUGACAUUGACAUUGACAUUGACAGACGUAGAUAUAAAAGAUGACAUUGAUAGACAUGAAUGUGGUCUGACUUUCAUAGACAUAGAUUUGGUUGUUGACAUUGACAAACAUAGCAUGGAGGUGACAGACAUCCGAUGGUACGAGAUGAAGCAUCCGCUGAAAGAGACCUUCCCGUGGUUCGAGUAUCUGGCCAGGGUCGGCUGGACCCCCUGCGGACAGUUCGUGUGGGUGCAGCUGCUGGACCGCAAGCAGCAGAGGCUGGAGCUCGCGCUGAUACCGCUGAGCGAGUUCACAUCGCGCGUCGGCUACGCGCUCGCGCCGGCGCACCUCGACGCGCCCGAGCCCGAGCGCCGCGCCGACGGCAAGUCGGUCAGUGUCUCGGUCGAAGGUAUGCUGUCGGAGGACGAGACCAACGCAUCUGGCCCCAACAUCAUAAGCAAGGAGGCGAUCACCUGGUAUAAUAUAGUAUUUUUAUCAAGCAUCCAUCAAUUUUAUCCAAUAAUUAAUUCGUCCGCAGCGGUCGAAGGUAUGCUGUCGGAGGACGAGACCAACGCAUCUGGCCCCAACAUCAUAAGCAAGGAGGCGAUCACGUCCGGCGAGUGGGAGGUCAUGGGCAGGAAGAUAUGGGUGGACGAGUCGCUCGGGCUGGUCUACUUCGUGGGGCUCCGCGAGACGCCCCUCGAGCGGCACCUGUACGCGGCGCCGCUCCGCCCCUCGGCCUCCGCCCCGCCGGUGCUGCUCACUGCGGUGGGGCACUCGCACACCGUGGAUAUGGAUGAGGAGUGCACGGUGGCGGUGAUAACGUCGUCGAACAUCAGCAGCGUGCCGAGCACGCGCGUGUACCGCGUGCGGCGCGCGCCGCCCCGCGCCGCGCUCGCGCAGUACGGCGCGCUGCUCGACCGACCGCUGCUCGACGGUCUCGACGCGCGGCCCUUCAACGGCAGCUGGGAGCGCGCGGGGGACGGGGACGAGUGUAACGACGUGUCGUUGCUUAUAAAAGAGCGCUCGCUGAGCGGCAUCGAGGUGCCGCCGCCGCAGAUCUACUCGACGCGGCUGUCGUGCGGCGCCACCGCGUACUGCACGCUGUGGCGGAGCGCCGUGCCGGGGCCCCGCCCCACCGUGCUGCACGUGUACGGGGGCCCCGAGGUGCAGACCGUCACCAAUAGCUACAAGGGCAUCCGGCAGCUGCGCAUGCACAUGCUGGCGGCUCGCGGCUUCAGCGUGGUGUCGGUGGACUCGCGCGGCUCGAAGCACCGCGGGCGAGCCUGGGAGGCGGCCAUCCGGGGCAAGAUGGGGCAGGUCGAGCUGGACGAUCAGGUGGAAGUCCUGCAAUGGCUGGCGAAGGAAACUGGCUGCAUAGACAUGGAACGAGUCGCCAUACACGGUUGGAGCUAUGGCGGCUACCUGUCGCUGCUGGGGCUGGCGACGCGGCCGCACGUGUUCAAGGUGUGCGUGGCCGGCGCGCCCGUCACCAGCUGGCGGCUCUACGACACGGCCUACACCGAGCGGUACAUGGGCGCGCCCGCCGACCGCCAGCACGCCUACAGCCGCGCCAGCGUCAUCGCGCACGCGCCCUUCUUCCCGGACCGUGAGGGUAGACUGCUCAUAAUACACGGUCUGGCCGACGAAAACGUCCACUUCUGUCAUACCGCGGCGUUGCUUUCCGAGCUCGUGAGGCUCGGCAAACCGCAUCGCGUGCAGAUAUACCCGGGCGAGAGGCAUUCCCUGCGGGCGAUGCAUGCGGCGAAGCACUACGAGGCGACUCUGCUGCACUUUCUACACGAAAAUCUUUGAAUAUAUAACAAUUUGUAAAAUAUAAACUGUUGAGA